AUGAAUAUGGCAACCGCUCAACGAUAUGUGGACAUGCGUGCCGUUGCGGACAAAGUAUCCGAGAAGCUAGUACGCCUAAAUGAUAAAUACGAAUCACUUCGUCCAUACUUACAACAAAUUGAUGAAAUGGAUGAAAGUACACGCAGAUUGGAGGAAGCAGCAAACAUUCUCGACCAGUAUGUCACGGCUUUAGAAGCAAAGUUACAGACCCUUCAACAAGACGGCUCAUCGACGUGA